ACAGUGUCAAAAGGGAAGUAGGAGAUUUUGGCCAUAGCAGACUCAGCAGUGCCUUUUAGUUCCCUAUGUAGUCACAAACCCCUUACCAGAAGAUCUAGUAGAGGUUAGUUGACAGUCCAGAGAUAUUUAUCUUCCCCACAAAACCAGCAACCAUGAGAGGUCCGCAGCCUGCGGGGGGAUGACAUGCAUGUGUCCAGGCAUUUAACAUCAUUGAGGAAUUUAAGACUAGUAGGCUGCCCUCCGCCAAGCCAUGAUGGACAUUCUGUACACAGGCCCUGUCCCGGCAGACCGCGAGUCUCCGAUGACGCGGAACGAGACGUCCCCCAGCCGUGCCCAGCAUCCCUCCCCUACAAAGAAACCCAACACCUGCUGCUUCUGCUGGUGCUGCUGCUGUAGCUGCUCAUGUCUCACUGUUAGGAGUGAAGAUGACAAGCGUGGGCGGAGGAAAGCUCAGGAGACAAAGCUGGAGUCCUUUCCAUGUGAACCUUGCCCCAAACCGACGAUAGAGGAGAUUAAACAGUGGGCGCAGUCUUUCGAUAAGCUGAUGAAGAACCCAGCAGGGCGAAACAAGUUCCGUGAGUUCCUGCGGACAGAGUACAGUGAGGAGAACAUGCUCUUCUGGCUGGCCUGCGAGGACCUGAAGAAGGAGAUCAACAAGAGUGCCAUCGAGGAGAAGACGCGUUUGAUCUACGAAGACUACAUCUCCAUCCUCUCGCCCAAGGAGGUGAGUCUGGACUCUCGGGUGAGGGAAGUGAUCAACAGGAGGUUGCAGGAUCCCACCCCUCACAUAUUUGAGGAUGCACAGCUGCAGAUCUACACCCUCAUGCACAGAGACUCCUACCCACGAUUCCUCAACUCCUCCGUCUACAGAUCACUGGUGCAGGGGGGGUCACGCUCCUCGUCUGAGUCAUAGACCCCCGACUCCCUCCUCUUUCUUUCUCUCACUCUCGCCACCCAAUUUUUCCCCAUUUCCCUCCAUCUCUCUCCAUUGCACAACCACUAGAGGAGAAAGUACUCCUUUUUUGUGUCGUCACAGUUGGAUUACCUUUUGUUUUUUUGCUUCAUUUUCCUCUGUCAUUUUUGAGGGAUUCUCCUAAACCUGCACAGACUGAAACUGGAAGACACAGGGUUGAAAAUGCAGUUUUCAUUUUUCAAAACUUCUUUUUUUUCCCCUCACCAUCAUUCCAAGUGUAUGUGGCAGCAGCAGUAUCAACUACUGAUUUUCACAGCCAUCUUUUUUUCUUUUUUUUUUCCUUUGCUACUUUCAUUUCCUGAUGUCUCUAAGUUGAAGAGAGCUGAGAGGGCCUCUGCAAUAACAUACACUGGAGUGGAAUGACCAAACUGCUCCUCUUUCCUGACCCUUGACCUGUCCACUGUCUCUGUGCUCUGAUUGGCUUCUUGAGGCGGGGGUCGAGAGCUGAUUGGCUAAAUAGAGGAAUGGCACUUCAAGGUGCUAAACAAAUAGGUACAAAAAUAUUUACACACUAUUUCGAAUAUAAAUCAAUUUCCAGGCCCAGACAGAUUUUUCCAGAUUUUCUGCACUGAUCUUGAGGGAAAAUCUGCGGAAUGGAUUUAAAUAUGGUAAAAUGAGAGUACUAAACUCAUACUUGUAGCUGAAAGCAUUAUCAAA